GUGGCGUCACGGAACAGGGCGGGGUUAGGGCGGAUGUCGCGCUUGCUGCUGGGAGCCGACUCACACGUGUCUGUGCAGCGCGGCUCGGUGCGACCUCCAUCGCUUGUCCCCGAAUUCCGGCCCCGCCAUGCUGGUGCUGUUUGAGACCGCGGCGGGUUACGCCAUAUUUAAGGUGAGUGAGUGUCAGCGGGCCGGGGAUAGUGGGGGAGGUGAGGAGGAGGCCACGUGGAGAGCCCCUCACUGGCCGCGUGUGGCUACUGGGCCACCUCGGGCACCACGUGCAGACACCGGGCAUCACUCCGCAUGGCUCACUGAGACAGCAUCGGGGGCUUUCACUGAAACUUUAACAGAUACAUUCUCAUUAUUAUAGGCAGAUAUAUAUAUUCUCAUUAUUAUAGGCAGAUAUAUAUAUUCUCAUUAUUAUAGGCAGAUAGUGCUGCUUUAAUCAGGCUCUGACCCUAAAUAUUAUAAUACGAUGCAUGCCUGGACUCAUCACUUUUAUUCAGAUGGGCAUAAAAGAGAGAAAUCGGUGCAUGUAUGUAGAAUUCAUAUGCGGCGGGAGGGCUUACAUAUAGCAGGGCAGUCCUUUUCAUGUACUGCCCAUCAGCCCAAAUUAGGAAUAUAUGUCUGAGAGAGAAUUUAGGAUCUUGGAACUCAGUUCAACAUUGGAGGCCAUAUGUCAUUGGACACUAAAGUUAAUGUUAAUAAUGUUACAGAGUGUCUAUCUAUCCACCUCCCCCUUGCAAUACUGCUCCUCCCCCAACACGACCAUUAAAGGGUACUUCGUGUAUGUGGCGUACCUUCGACUAUUUCCUGGUAUAGGACAAACAAUUUGACUUGUUACCUGGGUCCCACUGCUUCUUUUCUACUCUGAAGCAGAGUUUACAACAUCGACUGGUAGCCGAGGGGUUUAAACGCUGCAUAGCGAAAUUACGAACGUACAGAUUGCAGGCACCAGAUCAAUGUAGUGGUUGUGGUGCUAGGUGUAACCCUGUAAAAACAAAAUAAUAAAAAUAUAUAUACCACAGCGCCAUGAUAAAAUCUUCAUGGUGGUCCGGUCAUUACCACAUGAUCAUGUCCAUGCAGAUUCUUUUCAUAUGGAAACAUUGUGGUAGACCUUUGCUUCCCAUAGAGAAUCGUUGUCUGAUUCUUCUGUAUGAGAAGCAUUACCUUGUUCAGCUGAAGAACACAGAAGACCUUUUGUUUUCAAAUAUCUUAGGCUUAGAUGAACACUUCAAGCACAAUAACCACACCAGAUCACCGGAGUGCCCUGGCGCUGUCACAAAACCCGUGACAAAUCCGUUUUCCUGACACUAUAGUGCCCUGAGGGUGCCCCCACCCUCAAGGUCCCCCUCCUGUGGCGCUGAAGGGGUUAAAUCCCCUCCAGCUGCUUACCUUAAUCGAGCGCAGGCGCUGGUGACUUCUCCGAUGUCACUGCAGCCAAAUGCGCGGCAAGUGCCGCGUGCGCAUUCAAAGUGUCCAUGGGAAAGCAUUUCUCUAUGCUUUCCUAUGGACGCUCUGCGCGAUGGAGGCGAAAUUCGCAUUCAGUGUCCCAGAUGUGCCUCUAGUGGCUGUUUGGAAGACAGCCACUAGAGGCUGGAUUAACCCCAAAUGUAAACAUAGCAGUUUCUCUGAAACUGCUAUGUUUGCAUAUGGAGGGUUAAAACCUGAGGGACCUGGCACCCAGACCCCUUCAUUGAGCUGAAGUGGUCUGGGUGGCUAUAGUGUCCCUUUGAUGCAAAAGUCUGCAUAUAGGUUAAAAUCCAUGCAAGGAGUACAUGAAAUGCAGCAUGUAUGUCUCCCAGCCUGACUGACAGAUUAAAGGGACACUAUAUACACCCAGACCAGUACAUCUCAUCAUCAGUGUGUCAUGUAAGGAAGAAUAUACCUUUUCUAUUCAUAUAUAUACAUAUAUAUAUAUAUAUAUAUAUAUAUAUAUAUAUAUAUAUAUAUUUUACUCCUCGCAGGGACCAGAUAGCCAAUGGGAUACUUGAAUUAGGAAUACAUUUGCUCUGCUAAUUCAUUAGUAUUACUUUAUUGAGAGAUUACAAGUAAAUUCCUCUUCCUUAAUGUAGGUGUGCGGGGAUAAAAAAGGAUAGACUUCUUUAUCAUAAGAAAUUUAGAUGUUUAUGACAUUAUGGUUAGUUUAACCUCAUAAGCAUCAAAUAUUACACUUUGCCAUAGUAACAAUACAAAUCAAUUAGUCUGGCAGUGUUUGUAUUUGUCAGAGAAUAUGCCCCUAGUGGCAGUCUGACUGUAAGCCACUAUAUGAGUUUUUUUAUGAAGGCCAUUUCAGUGCUUCUUUAUGAGAACCAUAGGGCUGGAUACGUGUGCCAAUUUCAGCACAUGUACCGUAGGUCCCUAGUUCGUUUUUGUGUGUGUGUAAAACAUUGAACUCCACUGAAAUCACCACAACAUAUAAUUUUAUUGGAAACUGUCUACUGCACCCAGACACCUUUAUUGAGAUGCAAUGUUAUGCGUGACUUCAGUGGUCCUUUAAAGUGACAUUCUAUGCACCAUAACCACUUUAUCUCCUUGAAGUGGAGUACCAAUGCACUGUUCAAUAACUAAACAUUCAGAUUAUUUAAAUUAACCCUCCAAUCGGCACUUUUAUAAUUUAACUAGGAAACACCCCCAUGCUAUCAGUUAGUCUGGGAGGUUUGCAGCUUCCUUCCAUUGGCUCCCUUGAGCUAAAAUUAAAGGACCACUCUAGGCACCCAGACCACUUCAGCUUGAUGAAUUGGUCUGAGUGCCAGGUCCAGAUAGGGUUAAUCCAUUUUUUAAUAAACAUAGCAGUUUCAGAGAAACUGCUAUGUUUAUUAAUGGGUUAAGCCUUCCCCCAAAGCCUCUAGUGGCUGUCUCAUUGACAGCCACUAGAUGCGCUUGCGUGCUUCUCACUGUGAUUUUCACAAUUAUUAUGAAUGCUUUCCUAUGUGACCGGCUGAAUGCGCGCGCAGCUCUUGCCGCGCGUGCGCAUUCAGCCAACGGAACGGAGGAGGAGAGCUCUCCGUCCAGCGCUGGAAAAAGGUAAGUUUAAACCCCUUUCCAGAGCCGGGUGGGGGCACUAUAGUGCCAGAAAAACGAGUGUUUUCCUGGCACUAUAGUGGUCCUUUAAUGCAUGUAUUUAUUGGGGGCAUAUCAUCUAAACAGUGCUUCCUCCCUCCACUCCCCCUAAUUUGGGCAGGUGAGUGGUCCUUUAACAUUGAACGAGGGUGAGGGUGACUUCAUUUCUGCAGUGAUAACUGUGGCAAUAUAUAAUUACGCUUUAGCCAGGAACUGGGCUGUUCUGGUGUUAAACUGUUCAAAGGUGAACCGCGGGGCAGCCCUAGGAACCAUAACCACUGUAUUAACAUAUACAAUUCCUUCUUCCCAUAGGUCCUAGAUGAGAGUAAAUUGCAAGAAGUUGAUAGUAUAUGGAAGGAAUUUGAAACGCCAGAGAAAGCAAAUAAAAUGUAAGUUUUGAUUUAUUUAUUUUUUUCAUUAUACUUCCCCAAAGCUUUCAGCCUAUGAUUUACCUCUGAAGUUGGAGUAAUACAAAAUGUCUCAUCCCCGUUUGCGCAGUCACAGAAUUUGUCUGUAGUUUUAGCGAAUCCUGUUUGUUGCCAAUGAUGGAUCCAUUGUUGAAUUGAUUACCUAUGAUUACGUUCAAUAUUUUGUCACUACCACUGAGGCAACAAUAAAUGGUACUGUUUACUUGUUUAUUGCAAGUAACAUGUCACUAUGUCAUGCAGUAAACAAAAUGUGUGCAGUUUUUUUCCUUAAGUGAAUAAUCUUGAAUAUGGUUUCAGUAAUGUGGACUCUUGGUGCAUUGGCUUUAAGGGUAUGUUGUUUUUUUGUUUUAAGUGUGUAGCAUUCCACUCUUUCUAUGUAUUUUGAUUUCAGUGGUGGAACAACUGUGCAGAAUGUGACCACGUCAUUGUUUGUUUGCUUUUUCUCUCUCCCCAGAGUGAAAUUAAAACACUUUGAGAAGUUCCAGGACACCACAGAAGCUUUAGCAGGUAAAUACGUCCUAGGUGAAAUCCAUAAAACAUUCAUGGAGAAAAAUGUGAGCUAGAGGCAAAAUGUUCCUUUGUUGUUUAAUGUUAUUUUGGAACAUUAGACUUUUAAUUACCCUCCAUACUAAAUUUGCUGUGCAGCUGUCUUAAUGUGUCAAAUAUUGUAUGUCGCCAAUGAUGGAAAUUUGUUAAGAUGAAAUAAGAUGAUUUUUACAUUAACAUUUCGUCACUACCGCUGAGGCGACUUGUCUGUCUGGCUACUUUACAACAUGUAAUCGAAAUGUUUGUGUUUGCAGUCUGCUAUAGUGAAUGAAUUGUUUACUGUGCUUUUUCUCUCUCUCUCUCUCCAAUCCUGAGAUCAGCAGCUGUUUGUGAAUUGUGGUAUACCAGGGCUGUAGAAUUAACAACAACAAAAAACACUUUUUCUGUCCAAGGGCUAUUUGCUGAAUUCAGAAUUUUUACAAAAUAAUUCUUAAAGGAGAAAUGGAGGCAAAAAUGGCUAACGUGGAAAAAUUCUCUAACUCUGCUAUAGUCACAAUGUGGCUAUUUUCACAUCGGUUUUGCCAUUUGGAUUUAUUUAGCAAACUUUGAGUCCUGGGAAUUACCCUAAAGCAGAACAAAGUUUUACUAGACAACUUACAACCAUUUUUAUUUUCAGCGUCCACCGCAUUGAUUGAAGGGAAGCUGAGCAAGAACUUGAAGAAAGUCCUGAAAAAACUCGCAGCCAAAGAUGCCCACGAGCAACUGGCGAUUGCAGAUGCCAAACUUGGUGGGGUUAUCAAGGUACAAUGUAAUAAAUGUUACCCAGCUAUUUUAACUGCUAGAUGGCGCCAUUUGGAAUCCCAAGGUUUAAGAAACAUUCCAGUCAUGGUCAUUACAUUGUCCAGUACGAUGUCAGAGGAUCAACACUUCUGGCGCUGUAGGAAUGAGAGCUUUGUGUAUUGUCACUUCAGAUAUAAUGUAUGAGAACAACUUUUCAGAAUUAGAAUAUAGUGCAUUAAAAAUCCUUCUUGCAUUCUAUAGGCAGGUGUAUUGAUUGGUGCUGCUGUUGGUGGCAUGCAGGUCUAUGCUGAGGAAUGAGUGAUGGGAGAGCAGGAGGAAACUCCUCUACUUGAUUCUUCUCUCAUUUCAUUGCGGUUUCCCCAGGAAGCAUGCCUGGGACAUAUAGUUCCGGGCAGGUAAGCGGCAAGGCUGCUACAGGGAGCAUGUGGGCAUGCGCUCCUAGCGACAGUCUGUUUUAUUGUAAAGUCCCACUUACUUUGUAGCGUGGACCAAACUGCUGUCCCUUCCCUCUGCCCAGCCUCGGACUCCACUUCAUACCUGAAGCUUUGUGGGAGGGGGGGGGGCGGGCGAAGACAAUAAUGGAAAUGAGUUAGGGGCCCUAAUGGACACCUCACUAAUGAGAUGAGUUUGGUUGGGCGACAUUAAUAGAGGUGUGGGAUAGGGUACAUGCACUAUUGGGGAUUUGGAUGCAGAGACAAGCUGGGGCAAAUCACAUACAUUGUCUGCAGGCAUACUCUCACUUUGGUUGAGGGGACAGAAGGUGAAACAGAUGAGGGUUAUACACUAAACUCUGAAUUGUUACAAAUAAAAUAAACCGAGGCAAAAAACUGACUUGUUGUAUUGAGCCAGUAGAUUGCCAUGGUGGACAUGUAGAUGUGGCUGUUAAUUUAGUCGCUUUUUCCCUUACUUAAAUUGACCAAAUAGACCUAUUUUCUCAGUUUUGGCAAGUAUAAGUGAGUUCCUGUUGAGGGCUAUUCCCCAAUAAUGAGGCAUAAGUCUCCGGGUACUGUGCCUUAGAGUUAUUGUUUUCCUUUAUCUAAUUAUUUCAGUGGUAAGGCUAAUAGCUCAUAAAUCAAUUAGAUAUAUCAUUUGUCAGUUAUAUAAUCUGUUGCUUUUGAAGCUAUUUAAGAUAGACCUUUCAUGACAAGCUCACAUUGAUGCAAGUGAUUUGAUGUUUUGGUUUUAGCAGAGCUGGCUAUAGUCUUAGAUGGUCUGGGUACACAUUGCAUUUCUUUGCACACUUUACUGUUGUACUUAUUGGGAUAGAUUUGUCAUUUCAUAGUUUUCUCUAACAUAGGAUCUUGCGUACUGUUCUUUUUAUUAAAAUGACUGCAGCUGUAAAAUGUUAUGUAACUAUAGUGAACUGGAUGUUUUUUUCUUUGUCGUUCUUAUAGGAAAAGGCCAACCUCAGCUGUGUUCACAGCGCCAUGGUCACCGAACUGAUGAGAGGCAUCCGUAAUCAGAUAGAUGGACUGAUCUCAGGACUUUCGUCUCGUGAGAUGGCUGCCAUGUCACUGGGUUUGGCUCACAGGUGAGUAAUACCUUAUUUGUUCUUUAGAGCAGUGUUUGUCCCGUGGUAUAGCUUUUAAAUUAGCUCACUUGGUUUAGACUUUUAGGACUCCUAUGGCAUAAGCUGCAUUGUAAUCAGGAAUUUUGUGUUAUCCUUUUUUGAGUACCACAGUCACACGGGAUACUUGGCAUUGUGCUGAACUCCAUCAUGGAGUGUAUAACCUGCAUCAUAUAAUUGAGAGUAUCUCAGAAUAAAGGGCAUAGUAAAAUCCGUUUACUUGGGAUUUUUGAACCCUGCUUAGCGUUGGGAUUUUUUGAUUGAUUUUGCUGCCGUUUAUGGAUGUUAGUAAACAUUAAUUCAUUCGACAUUACAUCAAUGCAGCUGACAUACCAUAACUUCUUACUUGAAUUUGCCCGUGAAAUACAUUUAAGGUCACAGGGAUUUAAGUGGUUCGUGCUUACUGGACCUUCUUUAAGGUUAGAUUUAGAUCUAAACUUUUGAUUGUAUAACUGAAUUGUACCUGAUAGUGUAAAUUUGCUGUGUGCCAAACCCAAUAAAUGUGAUAUAUUCUUUAUUUCAGUCUGUCUCGAUACAAGCUGAAGUUCAGUCCUGAUAAAGUGGACACAAUGAUAGUUCAAGCGAUAUGUAAGUAUAAGAGAUUAUUUUUUUCUUUGUGUGAGUGAGAUCAGGGGCAUAGUUACCAAUUUUUAAUCUACCAAAGCAUUGUAAUAAAACACUGCAGGGCAGGCUACAUUUUAAUUCUCAUUGAAGUUGAACUAGCCUGUCUGCAAUCAAUCAAUCGUUGAUGAGUUAAUCCUUGGAUAUAUCGUGUAGAUGCCUUGUCCUGUUUCUAACUGCCUAUCUGUCAAACGCCAUCCUACUUGCAGGAUAUUGCCAAUCUAUAGUGUCACUCCAACCUGAAAAUCCAAUAAUGGGUCCAAUUCCUGAUAUAAAUGUUAGUUAUAGGUUGAAAAUAUUUUCAUGUUGGUGUUUUUGCAGAAAACUUGUCAAAAUACAAUCGGCAUCUGUAGUUUUUAUACAUAUUGAAUUUUUAUUUAUUUUUUUACUUCAAGCUCUUUUGGAUGAUCUGGAUAAGGAGCUGAACAACUACGUGAUGCGCUGCAGAGAGUGGUACGGAUGGCAUUUUCCUGAACUGGGCAAGAUCAUCACAGAUAACUUGGCCUUUUGCAAGUGUGUUCGUGCAGUUGGUAAGUUAUUGUCCUCCUUAAUAUUUGUUCAGCAUAUAAAAUUAGAAUUUGACACAUUCUGAUUCUGUACAUUUGCUCUGUUAUGAGUUUUCAAAUUCCUUUUUGUUCCUUCAUCAGAGUCUCACCAGAAGGCACAAAUUUCUUAAAAACAUCUCACUAAUCCUGCAAAACUGAAAUCUGUUAAUGUGUGCGUUUUGAAUGCUACACAUAGAACCAUCGUUAACUAACCUGUAACACUUCCAAAAAUUAGCAUUUUUCUGACCAUAAAGUUUUUCCUGGACAUUAAAUAAAUUACUUUUUAGUAGAUCCCCAAUGAAUACAUACAUGAGCUUUUUGUGCAUGCAUUCAUUGGUGGGUACACGUUAAAAGGGCUUGCAGUGGCUGCAGUUUUUUGAGCCCCCCCCCCCCAGAAGAAACUAUAGGUCAUUGAGAAGCCUCUAAAUUUGUGCCCUGCAAACCUCUUCGGUUCUUUGACGGCCAGGGAGUGUUCUGUGGUUUUAAUUAUAAGUGCCAAUUUAUCAUUGAAAUUUGCACUUUUCUGAACUAGGUUUAAGAUAAGAUACUCUUCACCCAUAAAGCACUUCCCCAUAAUCUUUGUCCUUAUGGGAGAGUGUCACAACUAAGCAUUACACAGGCUGAGUGGUAUAUUGAUGACCAUCUUUGGUUGUGUUCUGCAGCUGUUGGUCGCUUAUGUGAUGUUUAUAGCUCUUCUAGUGGCGGACUCCAAAUCUGGUCAGUGAUGAUGAUUUAUAUGUAAUUGCCUGAUACAUCCAUGAGGGCAAUUCUAGUCACUACCUCAUCUGAGACCUGUUUGAAAGUUUGCAUACAUUCUUUUGCUUUAUACUAUUCUUCAAGAUCUCUUGAUAUUUUGUUUUAACUGCAUUUAAUAGGGCUCACAAUAGCAGUCUCUUAACUUGUAAGAUUUAGCCCUUUUCUUGUAUGUGCUAGAGAUCAAGACUCUUCACUUUUUGUGUGCAACCUGGAGCGUAUUCUUGCUUGAAAUAAAUCAGUUAAUUCUUUCUUGCACGUCAGUGGCUACUACACAGGUUAACAUGUAACAUGUAUUGAAAAGCUCAACAACAACUCUUAAAACUACUUCUCCCGUGCUUUUUUAGGGGACAGAGUUAACUUUUCCAGUUUCGACUUGAGUGAUUUUCUCCCAGAAGAGGUGGAAGCAGAGGUGAAGGCAGCUGCAGAGAUCUCCAUGGGAACAGAAGUGUCAGAAGAAGACAUAACCAACAUCUUGCACUUGUGUGACCAGGUAAGUCGAUGGGCGGCAAGGUGUAUACACUUUUUAGUGCAUUGGGAGCAAUAUAUACAACAAUUUUAUAAUUCUACAGAAUUCAACUGUUAUGGUUGCCGGUCAAAUGUGAACUCCUUCUUUGCUGGACAUUAAAUGGACACUCCAGUCCCUUAAAGUACUUCAGCUUGUUGAGAUGCUUUAUGGAUUAAUUGCAUGUCCCUGCCAACAAAGUGUUUCAAAUACUUUACUUUCAAUUACAGUAGACCUGGCGCAUGUUUGUGGGGGGGUUACUCUGUGAAGGGGUUACGACUGUCAGAAUGUUUUGUUUUGUUCCAUGUAUUAUGUCUAGUUGUGUUUCUUCGAGAGUAAACUUCUUCACUGACUGAAAUUAAAAGUGGAGUUGUUGUCAUUCUGUUAAAGGCAACAAAGCAUCUAGCAUGGAUUUUAUAUAAUAAGCCUUUAAGUCGGCCUGGCCGCUUACAUUGUUCCAAAUAUUCCCUUGUAGGUGAUUGAGAUCACAGAGUACAGGUCGCAGCUGUAUGACUAUCUGAAGAACAGAAUGAUGGCCAUUGCACCCAACCUCACACUGCUAGUAGGAGAACUAGUUGGCGCCAGGCUCAUUUCCCACGCUGGUAAGGCUCCGGCCACCCAAAGCUUUCUGUAAAUGGAUAAAACGAAGGCCUCUGUUUACUUGCAGCUUCUGAUGUAGUCUGUUUAUUAUGUAAUCAAUGAUGAUGAUUCUGUAUAAUUGCCUGAUAAUAUAUGAGGGCAAUUCUAGUCACUACCUCAUCUGAGAUAACAUUAACUUAACGUCAUGUUGUCAAUGUAUUCCGGCAAUGUUAUUGACACUUUUUAUUUUUGUUUCUACCAGGCUCACUGUUGAAUUUGGCUAAGCAUCCUGCGUCAACUGUGCAGAUCUUGGGUGCAGAAAAAGCGCUAUUCAGAGCUCUGAAGACUAAACGAGACACUCCGAAAUAUGGUCUAAUCUAUCAUGCUUCGCUGGUUGGCCAGACUACCCCUAAAAACAAGGGCAAGGUGUGUGUACUGUCUGUGUAAUCCCCACAGUCGGUGUGUAAUUUACCUGAACGGGAUGCAAUCUCUAAUCUCUGUGGUCUCUUUCUUUCUGUUAAACAGAGAAAGGGAAACACAUGUCCCACAGUUCUUGAUGCUUCUUAACAGGAGAUUCUUCUUUAUCUGUUUCUUAUUAAUAUAAUUAAUGCUUUCUUUUGGGUGCCGGGUCUCUAGUAGGUAAAGAAUGGGGAAUAAAACUCCAGUAAGACCUAGCAUUUUGAUAUGGACUUCGUAAACACCUGCUUAUAAUUGUAUAACACAAGCAUGUCAUUGGUGUUUACGUUGUUAAUUGUCUAGCAAUUGUUCCCCCUUUUUUUUUUUUUUUUUCAAUUUAUGACCACUUUUUUGUUUAAUAUAAAACUCCUUUAAUAUUUAGGCACUGUUCAAUUAAAAAAAAAUUCUAGAAGAAAACUAAAUGCAAAUCAUUCUGGCGUCCUCUUCAGUCCUGCUACGCUGUUGAUUGUUUGAUUCUCAAUGCUUCACCUUGUUUUCCCCAUAGAUUUCCCGUAUGUUGGCUGCCAAGGCAGCUCUUGCCAUUCGAUACGACGCUCUUGGAGAGGACACAAAUGUAGAUUUGGGUGUAGAGACCAGAGCGAAGCUAGAAUUGCGUCUCCGACAACUGGAAGAAAGAGGAGUAAGUACAUCUAGCAGCUUCAGACCUUUUAUGUAAGCUACUGGUCAAUGAAGAGAACUUGAUUUGAUUGCCUGAUAACUCCAUGAGGGCAAUUUCAGUCACUACCUCGUCUGAGGCCAAAAUAAUUGAUAUUUGUCAAUGCAACGUUGGAUGGCACACUUCUUGAUUAACAUUUUUUUCAUUUCUCAGCUCAAACGAAUCAGUGGCACCGGAAAAGCACUUGCCAGAGCGGACAAGUACCAGCAUAAGAGGUAGUCAUUUGUGUUCCAUGUUGUUCUGUAUGUACUCUUCUAUGUUGUGUUUUCUGUGUAUCUAGUGAUAUACUUUUAAAUUAUGGCUGGCUUCAAUAUCCACCUUUUUAUUAAUAUUCAACUAUUUAAUGUAUCUGACACAUGCUACUUUUAAGGCAGUUGUUUACUUUUUGUUUUGUUCCCCUCCUUUCAAAUCCUAGUUUGUGCUGAAUGCCCCAGGGGGGUAGAUCAUGCCUUAACCUAGUUUUGUUUCUCUCUUUGCAGUGAAGUUAGAACCUAUGAUCCAUCUGGUGACUCUACAUUGCCCUCUGUCCCAAAGAAACGCAAGUUUGAAGAGGUGGAGCAGGAGCAAGAGCCACCAACUGAGAUCAAAGUAAAAAAGGCGAAAAAGCCCAAAGUGGAAGUAGUGGAAGAAGUUGAAGGUUUGUAUUUUGUUUUCUGUAUGGUUAACGAUAGGUCUGAAGACACUACUUAUGGUCAUUUUGUCACUAUUUUAUUAGAUCAGAGGUGUCGUGGUUUAGAUUCUCCAGGUAGUAUUGAGUUUGAAUACACCUGACCUGUAUAUAGUCUCUGUCUCCCCUGGACCACUGAGCUGCUCUCCUAUCACUGUUAGAUUCUAGCAUACAUUAAAGCAAAACUGUAGUUUCUCUGCAAAUGACCGUUCCAAUUCAUUCACUUCAUAAACAUAGUUGAGCAGUGAGUUAGGCUCAAAUCUGUGUUCAGAUAAUUGCCAUUGCCCUGUGAUGUUCCAGUUGUGCUUUGGCAUUUAAAUUCUGUAGGAUUUUCAAUGAAGUGGUCUGGGUGCAGAGCUCCUGUCAUUUUAACCUUGCAAUGUAAAACAUUGCAGUUUUUUUAGAAACUGCAAUGUUUCUGAUUCCUACUAGAGGCCUUCCUUUGUAAUGACCAAGUAAAACGCUUUCUAGGGAAGCAUUGAAUUUAAUGAGAAGCAUUGGAUGCAUUCACAACACUCACCAUGCAUGUACAUCAGGUCCCCAAAAUGCUACAUAAUAAAAUUAGGCAUACAAUGUACAAAAAAAAAUGGAUGAAACAUUUUGUCAGAUUAAAAAGAAAAGUUAAAUGGCCUAUCUUAAAUCUAUUUUUAAACUAGCUGUAAUUUUGUGCAAAAACAAUCUGACUUGUGCAUUCUACUUUACAUAGAUUUUCUGUUUACCUUUAGUACAAUAUGCCAUAUUGAGGUUCACAAUGUCUGCUUUAGAAGCACUAGACAGUGUUUUGGGAGCUUUUAUUUUUAUUUUUUUUAUUCAUUCAUCAUCUCACCUGUUUACAGAAGAACCAGUGGAAGAGGCACCAAAGAAGAAGAAGAAGAAAAAGAAGAUUAAGACGGAGGAGGAGGAAGAAGCUGUAGUGGAGGUGAUGGAAGAAGCUGAAGAGCCUACAACCAGCACAGCUGCAGAGGUAAUAUGAGUCUACAAUGUGAAUGAUGUCUUUACAUUCUAUAUGACAGUGUGUUCAGGACAGAAAACCUACCUAAUAAGAUACUUGAAAGCAACACUCCAAACGCCUAAAACACUCCAGCCUGCACUAAUUUAAGAUCUCUAUUUUAGAAAUGUGGCUGACCAUUAUCUUAGGAGUUUUGCCCUUAAAGUGUACCCGUCAUUAUAUAAAAUAUAUUGGGUACAGGAGGGGACCACAAUAAUCCAUCUGUACAUUGUGCUAGCAGACUCUCUUGUGAAUUUAUACAUUUUCUUUAAAAAAAAAAAAAAAAAAACCUAAACAUUCCUGUUACUCUGUGCUUAGCAAUUGGUCUAUACGGGCAGUCAAAUAUAUCAUAUAUGCAGUGCUUUAGGAGCUGUAGUCCAUUAACUUUUUUGAAAAGCACUUACACAGUGGUUCUCUGGCUAAGAUUAUUCAAUAUAUUUUCGCUGAUUGACAAGCUUCAAAAAAUAAGUCUCUGGGUAAAACUAAAAAAAUAUGUAAGUAAAGUAUACUAUUUCCAUCUGAAACCUAUGAGGGGCAGUUGUAUAGUUUUAACAAUAUAGAAGUUUGUUUUUGUGGUCGAACCAGGUUUCCCAUAAACUCUUUCUAGGCAGCAGAUUGUGAGAUAAAAUCGGACCUACAUACAGAGUUGAAAGGCUUAAGAAUUAGUGGAGUCUCUUCCUGCUUUGAGCAAAGUUCGGCGCUGCUAUUUGCAUGUGGAAUUUUUGCAUUAACUAUAUAUUCCAUUAAUAAACUGAGGUCCCAUUCAGUCAGCCUAAAAUGUUCCUUUAAAAGCUGUUUGGUGAUAAUGUUAUACUAAUAAACCCUUUUGUUUCCCAUCAAUAGACUCCCAAAAAGAAAAAGAAGAAGAAGAAGAUUAAACAGGAGGAAGAGGAUUAGAGGAUGAAAUGGCGAUUAUGAACUGUUUAAAAAGACUCAAAUCUUGUUUGUUUUUUAAAAUCCACGUGUAGAAAUACCACUGGGUCAUGAGUGGUGGCCCUAUUUAGGUUCCUUGAAAAUGCGGCUUAUAAUCCAACAUCCCUGGACCAGAAUUUCACAAUUUGCUACUUAAGUGGCCAAUCUUAUAGCUGUUUUGAUUUCUCUUUGAGAAAUGUUUUGAUUCGCUGUGUUUCUACACCAAAAGUGGACAAAGAAACUAAAUUUCUAAACCUAUUUUUAUUUCCCUUAAUCAAGGUUUAAUCUUUAAUUUGUGUAUAGACAUUUGUAAACUGUUUUUUUUUUGUUUUUUCAAAAUGUACAAAUAUAUACUUUUGUUAAAGUAACAGAUGAGUAUGCUGAUCUUACUUUAUGCUGAAACAUAAUUUUAUUAACCCUUAAGGAAGUACCGUUUUGUACUGUACAAUAUAACUCUUUCUAUGUAUUUUUCAGCUGUACCUUUCAUUUUGUACAAACACAAGAUCUUAUUUGUCAAAGAUUUUUUUUUUUUCUUCAAAGAAGGAGGAUCCUCUAAAUUCAAAAUAGUUCGAUCAAAUAUGGACUAAUUUAGAUUUAGCUUUGUGUGUUAAAACCUCAAUGUUCAAGUUCUGAGAGGGAAAAACACUCAAUGUUAUAUUUUUAUAUAAUUGAUUUAUUGGGUUAUCUUGCAAAAUACAAGUUUAUGGAGCACUACAGUCAACAGUGUAUGAAGUAAUUCAAAAAGCUUUAUUGAUACUCACAGGUCAGGAGUUUGGAAUUGCAUCACUGGGGAAGCCAAAACCUAGACUUGCUUUUGGCUCUUCCUGUGAUGCCAUGCCAAAUGCCUGAUCUGUGAUUAUCAAUAAAGCUUUUUGUAAUCAAUGUAUCCUAUUGAGUUCUUGUAACUGGACAUGUGUAUUUUGCAGCGUUUUCGCUCCUCCUGCACAGCGACCAUGCUUGAUAUUUGGGCAAGCAAUUACGAUUCUUACAUUAAUGCCAAAUUCUAAGUCCAAGGAUUGUUUUACUUAUCUGGUUAUUUAUUCACAAAGGGACACUAUGAAAUUAUUCUUGCUGACCUUUAAUUUUUUUUUUUACACAUUCUUUGUUUUGAUGUGCAGUGGAAUAAACACAAGUUAGCAAUGACUUGUGAUACAAUUAAAGGCACACUGUCGGCCUCCAGACCACUUACGCUCGUUGAAGUGGUCUGGGUGCAGUGUCCUAGAUUUUAAUAAACUGCAAUAAUUACCUGCUAUGGUUAACUCCACCUCUACAAGACAGACACUAGAGGGACUUCUGGGUCUUUAGGCGAUUAUUUUCUUUUCUUUUUUU